GCUCCUGCCAGUGCCUACAUACACGUUCUCAUCCUCAUCUCGCCGCUGACACACCGAGACGGCGUCCAUUAGAUCCGCCAUGUACAAAGUCCUUCGCAGCAGGCCGCUGGCCUCCGGUCUGCGGAGAUGCGCCGAAACCCCCAUCAGGACGGCGAUUGCGCAACAGCAGCGGCGAAAUCUGAGCAUCCACGAGUACCUGUCCGCCGAUCUGUUGAGACAGUACGGAGUUGGUGUUCCGCCCGGCAAGGUUGCGAAGACACCGGAGGAAGCAGAGGCUGUUGCGAAGCAAUUGAAGGAGGAUGACUUGGUCAUGAAGGCCCAGGUUCUCGCCGGAGGUCGAGGCAAGGGACAUUUCGACCACGGCUUCAAGGGCGGUGUUAGGGUCAUCUACUCACCAGCCGAAGCUCGCGCUCUCGCCAAAGAGAUGAUUGGGCACAAGCUUAUCACCAAGCAAACCGGCGCCGCCGGCCGCCCUUGCAACGCCGUCUACAUUGUCGAGCGCAAGUUCGCCCGCCGCGAAUUCUACUUGGCCAUCCUCAUGGACCGCCAGCGUCAGGGUCCCGUUAUCGUCGCCUCCUCCCAGGGUGGUAUGGAUAUUGAAGAAGUCGCCAAGACCAACCCUGCUGCCAUCAAAACGUACCCCAUCGACAUCCACACUGGUGUGACGGACGAGCUGGCCAAACAGGUCGUGACGGAGCUUGGGUUCAGCGAGCAAUGCGUCGAUACGGCCGCUGGCGAGAUCAAGAAGCUGUACAAGCUGUUCAACGAGAAAGAUGCGACGCAGAUCGAGAUCAAUCCUUGGAGCGAGACAACGGACCACGAGGUCCUCUGCAUGGAUGCUAAGCUCAACUUCGAUGACAACGCUGAUUUCCGCCAGAAGGAGGUCUUCGCCAUGCGCGACACGACCCAGGAGGACCCAGACGAGGUGAAGGCCGCCGAGUACGGACUCAAUUUCAUCAAGCUCGACGGUGACAUUGGAUGUCUCGUCAACGGCGCCGGUCUGGCCAUGGCAACCAUGGACAUCAUCAAGCUUAAUGGUGGGCAGCCAGCAAACUUCCUCGACGUCGGCGGUGGAGCUACGCCAGCUGCUAUCCAGAACGCCUUUGAUCUCAUCACAAGCGACCCUAAGGUGACGGCCAUCUUCGUGAACAUAUUUGGCGGUAUCGUGCGCUGCGACCACAUCGCUAUGGGUCUCGUCAACGUUGUACAAAAGAUGAACUUGAGGACACCAAUCGUCGCCAGACUGCAAGGUACCAACAUGGAGCAGGCCGCCAAAAUUGUCAAUGAUUCCGGUCUCAAGAUUUUCGCCAUCGACGACCUCCAGAACGCUGCGGAGAAGUCCGUGCAAUUCUCCAAGCUCGUCAAGAUCGCCCGCGACAUCGACGUCGGUGUCGAGUUCUCGCUCGGUAUCUAAGCACCCAUCUUUGACACACAAACACAACCCCUUCCUCUCCAAUCCUUUCCUCACGCUGGCCCCGCGAAUGAAGAAAAAGAAAAAAAAAUAAAAACAAAGACCUCGCUUACCGUGCACGGUUUCGAGAUACACUUGUGUUGACGCACGGCCGUGAUUUUCUUGUAGGGUCGUAAAAACGAAGGUCCCCCCUUUUUUCUUUCUCCGCGACCUUUGCCUCCCCCACCUAAACAAAACCUCACCCUACGUCCUAUUUUUCACUCCUACCCGUAUACAAUGUCAAGACCGCUGUGUAUCCAGACAUGAGGCAUGUGUCUCUCUCUUGCUCUGUUUGUGCGUAUGUGUGCGUCUGUGUUUUCAUGAAUGAGGAGGAUUAAAGCGAGGAAGUGUGUCUCUGGUUGGUGUUUUUUUUCUCUCUCUCUCUCUGUGGACCAUCUUUGGGGCACGGGGGG